GCCACCCCUCCCCUCGCGUGCCGCCCGUCCCCAGCUGUCCCGGCUCUGCUAGUGUGGCGACCGCGCGCGGGCAGAGUUCUAGUAGCCCGGCUGGCAGCGCGGACCCAGGUGAGGCUCCCGAGCGCUGGGACCACGACUGUGCUCAAGGCUGCCAGUUUCUGAGUCCGCAGGUGCACACGACUCGCCGGUCACGGGCCGGAGCACACGCUGGUGUCGCGACUUGUUUGAGCCUGGAGGCUACUGCAAGCCUCUGCCCGCCGCCGCCGGCCACCCCUGCCAAGUGGGGCAGAAACUGCGAGCCGCCUGAGAGCCGCCCCCUACCGCCACUGGGGUCCAGGGUCCAGUCCGCGAGGCAGGGGCCGUCCCCCUCCCAGCCACCCCGACGCGAGCCUUAGGAGCGAUGCCGCUGACCUUCCAAGACGUGGCCGUGUACUUCUCUCGGGCGGAGCGGAGGCAGCUGGGCCCCAGGCAGCGUGCCUUGUACCGGGAUGUGAUGCUGGAGAACUACGGGAACGUGGCCUCGCUGGGAUUCCCUAUCCCGAAGCCAGAGCUGAUCUCCCAGCUGGAGCAAGGAGAGGAGUUGUGGGUUGUCGACCUUCUAGGAGCUGAAGAGCCAGAAGUCCUGAGAACCUGCAGGACAGAUGCUGAGAUUGGGGCUGAGAAGGAACUAUCCAUUCUAGACCAGAAAUGUUCAGAAGAAGUAAAAGCCCCAGAAUUUUUAUCAACAAAAUUCUCAAGAGCUAACUCACAGGCACCUGAGUCCCAGGAAACUUGGGACCAUGAAGGAAAGGAAGAAGAGAACCAGAGAAAGACUGCUGGACUGAGUUUGAAGAAACCCUCUCAACUUCUCAAGACAGUUUUUAGGGAGAAAUCUGUCAUGUGUAGGGAACAACCUCCAGGAGAGAGAACCCAGGAGUGUGCUGCACUUGAUAGAUACUUCAAUCUGAAUCAAAAUGUUGUUGGACUUAAAAGAAAUAAAAUAAGAGAGAGAGUCUUUAAAUGUGAUAUAUGCAACAAAACAUUCAAAUAUAACUCAGAUCUACGCCGUCAUCAGAGAAGUCAUACUGGGGAAAAGCCUUUUGAGUGUGGUCCAUGCGGGCGAGCCUUUACACAGAGCUCAAGCCUUACCCUGCACCGUCGAGUUCAUACUGGGAAUAAACCAUUUAAAUGCGGUGAAUGUGGAAAAAUGUUUGGGCUCAAUUCCUACCUUGUUUUACAUCAAAGAAUUCACACUGGAGAAAAACCCUUUGGGUGUAAUGAAUGUGGGAAGGCCUUCAGUCGAAGUUCAAGUCUUAUUCAACAUCGUAUAAUCCACACAGGAGAAAAACCAUAUAAAUGUAAGGAAUGUGGAAAAGCCUUCAGCCAGAGCCCCCAGUUAACUCAGCACCAGAGGAUCCACACAGGAGAGAAGCCCUAUGGAUGCAGUCAGUGUGGAAAGUCCUUCAGCCGAAGCUCCAGCCUUAUCCAGCACCAAAGGAUCCACACAGGAGAGAAGCCCUUUGGGUGCAGCCAAUGUGGGAAAGUCUUCAGCCAGAGCUCAAGUCUUUUCCUCCAUCACAGGGUUCACACUGGGGAGAAGCCCUAUGUGUGUAAGGAAUGUGGUAGAGCCUUUGGCUUUAACUCUCAUCUUACAGAACACACAAGGAUCCACACUGGAGAGAAACCCUACACAUGCAGUGAAUGUGGCAAAGCCUUCAGCCGGAGCUGUACCCUUGUGCAGCAUCGCAGAGUACAUACUGGCGAGAAGCCCUAUGAGUGUACCACAUGUGGCAAAGCCUUCAGUCAGAGCUCCCAGCUCACCCUCCACCAGCGUGUCCAUACUGGAGAGAAGCCCUACACAUGUGGUGCCUGUGGCAAAGCCUUCAGUCGAAGGUCAGCCCUCUCUCAGCACCAGCGGGUUCACACAGGGAGAAUUCAUACAAGCAGAUUUGGCCCAGCCUUUAUUACUGGCUCCAGCCUCAUCUCCCCUGGAAAGAGAUGGAGCAGAGCCUACAGCCAAGGCUCAGCCCUCUUUCUGCACUGGAGAAUUCACAUGGGUGAGAAUUUCUAACCCAUUGAAUAUUAGGAAAUCUAUGCUAAUGAGAAACCCUGUAAGUGUCAGGAAUGUGGAAAAGCUAUCAGUGGGGG